AUGCACUUUCAUAGUGUAGAAAUGAGCUACACUUUCAUGGUGUAUAUGAUAACCAGUGAAUUGAAGAAAUCACGUUUAAGUGGGAAAUUAACAGAUAACCCCCGGUCGUGUGGCAUGUGGGGUGAGAGACAGAGUGGAGGAGGAGGAAAGCGAGAGACGAGCCUUACAUUGGAGGAAUCCAGCGCGGGCGGGGAGCUUCGUGCGGGAUCGGGACCAAAGGUGCCUCUGCAGCCACAGAGCGACGAUUCGGACAUCUGGGAUGACACCGCCCUGAUAAAGGCGUACGACAGAGCGGUGGCCUCGUUUAAGAAUGCUCUAAAGAAUGGUGAGUGUUCAGAGCCUUCUGACAAAGACCAAUGCUCAGGGACAAAGAGAAAAAAUAGUAAAAAGAACAGAAGCAGGAAGAAAAGCAACGCAGCACCCUUGAAACAGUGGAGAGUUGGUGAUGCCUGUAAUGCAGUUUGGUCUGAGGAUGGCAAUGUAUACCUAGCAACUAUUGCCUCAGUCAAUCAGAAGAGGGGGACCUGCGUUGUUGUUUACACUGGGUAUGGAAAUAGGGAGGAGCACAAUCUAUGUGAUCUGCUUCUUCCAAACACCAUUGAAAAAGAAAAUGAGGAGCAGAAUGCUGGGGAGAAUGAAAAUGAGACUCCUUAUUCAACAGAUGAAAGUGAAAAGUCCUCCCAGUCACCUGGAAACAAAUACAACUCUACAAACUUAAAAUCCUCUAAUUGGAAUGCUCAUUUUCUGCCACCUCCACCACCAGGUCUGCAAAGGUCCGGAUCAAAAUUCAGUGGACCACCACCCUUCUUAUCAAGCUGCCCCCCACCAUUUCCAACAGGGCCACCGCUGAUUCCUCCUCCACCACCACCCAUGGGUCCAGACUCUCCUGAAGAUGAGGAUGCUUUGGGAAGUAUGUUAAUAGCUUGGUAUAUGAGUGGCUAUCACACUGGCUACUAUCUGGGUUUAAAACAGAGCCGAAUGGAAGCUGCCUUGGAGAGAUGUCCCCACCCUAAAUAAAUAUCAUUUACUACCUUGAGCAAUUCUAGGUACAAAUAUCCCUCUCUGGGAGAGAUGUCACUGUGCACUGGUUGAUAAUGAAGAUCUGAUUUUUAAAAAAAUCACGAAGAUUACCUGAGCCUGAUAUCUAAGACUCCUUACAUUUUAAUAGGGACUUCCCUGACUGAAUUAGUGUUAACACCAGACUUCAACCAGCAAGAUAUAUAUUUUAAAAGCACUGCAGCAAUAAAGUGCCACCUGCCCCACUUAAAUUGUUUAAAGCUAAUGUUUAAGGGAUUUUAAAAGUACUGUUCCUUUAGAAAUAAGUGAGACUUGCUGAUCUUUCUGCAUUGUUGAAUGUAUCUUGCAUUUUAAAAUUCUCAAUGUAAAUUAUAGUACAGAACUGAAGUACAAAAAACCUUACCAAGAUACGAAUUGGCAGUGACGUAUGUAGUUGACUUGGGGGGGGGUAAUGACAUGUAGAAAAUGUUACACAUUCAAUAUCCUAUCUUAUGAGUAGGAUAAGAACCUUGAACAUAAAGCAGAUGAGAGAGGGAAGGCUCAUUUGUAGGUUAUGUUUAUUUUGCAUGUUUGUAAAUAAAAUUACUCGAACUUUGAAUUUGUAUUUUUAAAUGACCAUUACAUAAGUUGUAUGCACACAGCCUAGCCAAAGUAUUAAAUCAUAGUAGCCCACUGUGCCCUA